UGGUCACGCUUCGGGGCGGAAGGCGGCUGCGGGUUGGUGGCUGCGAGUUAGAGCGCGGUGCUAGGAUGAACGCCCCUCCGGCCUUCGAGUCGUUCUUGCUCUUCGAGGGCGAGAAGAAAAUCACCAUUAACAAGGACACCAAGGUGCCCAACGCCUGCUUGUUCACCAUCAACAAAGAAGACCACACUCUGGGGAACAUCAUUAAAUCCCAGCUGUUGAAGGACCCACAGGUGCUGUUUGCUGGCUACAAAGUCCCUCACCCCUUGGAGCACAAGAUCAUCAUUCGCGUGCAGACCACCCCAGACUACAGUCCCCAGGAGGCUUUCACCAACGCCAUCACAGACCUCAUCAGCGAGCUCUCCCUUCUGGAGGAGCGAUUCCGGGUGGCCAUCAAGGACAAGCAGGAAGGAAUUGAAUAGCAGCUGGAAGAAGCACUGCUUAGUGGCUGUAAGGCUGGCGUGUACGUCCUCAGGGCCCUUCUCAGUCCACCACAAUGGUGACACCCACUUUCAGCUCUCUAGCUGGGCGCGGGACACUGCCCCACUCUGUACAUAGACUAUUAUUUUCCUAAUAAAGUAGAGCAGAAGAGC